AUGACGCGCAAACCUGCUGAUAACAAGGUUUUUAUUCUUAUCUGCACCUUUUUUUUGACAAUCCUAGGCCUCUCAGUGAUCCCUAGAGGGACGUAGCGCCUCCUCAGGGUUCUUUUGGAGACCAGCUUUUCAUUUUUAUUUUCUAUAAAACAUCCGAGUUUUUUUUCACAAUAUAGCCGAUCCACGGCUUGCUUGGGACUCUAGGGGGCGUGGCCUGUCUGCGCUCUCCACGAGCCAGGCACUCUCUCGUGCCUUAUCGUGCCAGGACCCAUUUUUCGAUGGCUCAAGCCAGUCGUGAAUCUGCUGCUAUAUAUUUAAGAAGUUUCAAACGCCUAUCAUUGAAAAUGUUUUAAAAAGCUGAAACGGGAAAGUUCCCUAGUUCUAUUUAAUUAUUUCCGAUUCCAUCGAAGAUUUUCUCAUAUAAGGUUUAUAAAACAGAAACUUUCCAACUAAAAUAGCAUUUUUUUCUUGAAAAUUUAUUUAUUUUAAUCAAAAUCAAAAAUAUCUUCUGAUAGAUGAGCAAAAAAGGCUCAGAAACUGAUUUUAACAAAAAUUUUCACCUAAAAAAGCAGUUUUCAAGCUUUUCGCUCCAUUAUGUCGAUGUCACAAAAUUUUCUCAUUUCGAGAAAAAUUCCAGACGCACAUUGAACUGGACAGAACGGCCGACGAUGAGGACGGCUGUCUGAUGGAGGAAGAAAAAAGCAAAAUUUGCUCAUUAAAGACGAUCAAAGCACUUAAGGUACCACUUUCCUGUGAAAGGUGAAGUUCUGGUCCGAAACUCCAGCAAAAAACAACUUGAAACAAAAAUGAUUAUCUUCCAAACGCCGGAGGGUACUGAGACCAAUGGGAAACUUACGGAAAAAGCUUGAAAACUAAUUUUUUUUUUUCUCGUUUUUCUCGUUUUCCUUAUGAUACGGAGAGCUACAGCAGUCGUUUUAGAAAGUAAAAAUUUGAAGAUAAUCAGUUUUUGAGCCUUUUUCCGUUCAUUUUUUCCCAGUACCCCAGAUAUAGUCGACCCUUUUGAAAGGCGAGAUGGGGAGAUUGGCAAGGAUGACGCGUUGCGUACGCGACGCGGCUAUUUGGCGGGAAACUUGAAUUUAAACGAAAGCCAAAUUUUUCAGGCGUUUCUUAUUUUUCAUGGUUUUUCUGUAAUUUUCAACUUGUUAUAGGCUUACAAAGACUUGUUUGAGCGAUUAAAAUAUAAAAAAAUAAUGAAAAACAUACUAUUUUUUUCUACACUUUUUUUCGAUGGCCUCCCUGAAGUUCAUCAGUUUGAACGUUAUUUUUUUCGUGACAUAUUCAAAAAUUCAUCAUUUUUUUCUAAUAAAAAAAUUGGCAAAAAAUUGCCCCAAGAAGGAUUCGAACCUGCAUCAUAGAUUUCAUUACACUAGGCCGCUAGCCACUACACCACGCCGCCUGCUGGCAGCAGAGGUUAGCCGCCGCGACACAUUCCCUCCUCCUAUCCAAUGCGUUUUUCGCGUGCAAACUUCGAGAUGUCAUAACUCGACUAGAACGCAAAAGGCACGCUUUUUUCAACUUUAUUGAAAUCAGGGUGUCCUAAAGUACCUAUAUACCAAGUUUUAUCAAAUUCUCAACCCACCACCUUUUCCACUCCCCGGGGGAAAUGGAGCGCCACAACUCUUUCUCUGACAUAAACUAUUUCGUCGUUUUCUCUCAGCUAGAUAACGACGAAAUAUUGUGUCAGAGCAAGAUUUGUGGCGCCUUUUUGGCGCUUCAUGUCAGAGCUCAAGUUUACCGCCAAACAGCCGCGUCGCGUACGCAACGCGUCACUCUUGCCAAUCCACCAAACUCGCCUUUCAAGUCAGUAAAGAACAGACUAUAAUUCCUAUUUUUCAAGUACUCAUACCUGAAACUACCUACCCCAGAACUUCGGACCAGAUCUGCAAUUUUACCUCAGGAAAUUCAUUUCGGAAUAAAAUGGCAAUUUCACAGGACGCCGACCAACUUGCUUCGAAAAGCUUGGCCGAACGAAAAAAGAAAAACAAAAUCAAGGAGUCGUUCGUUUUUUCCUUCCUUACUGUUCAUUGGAUCAAUAGUUUUUGGUAUAGGAAAAUCACAUUAUUUUUUUCUGUCAAAAACUAUAUACUUUUUCUACAAGUUUCGCUUGCAGACCUUCUUUUUGUAGACUCUCGAAGCGAAAACCCAAAAGCUUUGGUUACGGUAGCUACUUUUGUGUUGUGUUUUAAAACCGUGACCAUCUCAGAAUACUUUCUAGGAAGUUAAAGGAAUGGUCCUGUUUUUUUAAGAAAAAAAGAUCUUUGAAACUUUCAGAGAAUCUCCUAAAGUACCGAUUCCAAAAGCGCCAGUGCCUGAAGAAGGACACGCCAAGUUUGAAAAGGUGAUCAGAAAAUUUAAUUGAUCUUAACUUCUGUAGUAGGUAGUCCUGUGUAAGAGAGUGUAAGACAUCCAAAAAACCGCUAUCCAAAUUCGCUGGUCCGCAAUUUGCCGUCGCGUGUAGGCGACGUGUAUACAGACAACGUUUCCUUUCGCGUCAUUGUUUGGAAUUAUUAUUUUUUUCGUUUUUUUCUAUCAAAGUUUAUUAAUAUUGAAGUAUAGAUUGAACGAUAGCUCGAAUAAUUUUCGCGCCAUCUUUCAUCGAUUUUUUUUGUCCAAUUAUCGAAAAGGCGCGAGCAGAGACGGCGUCUGCACACACGUCGCUUACACCCGACGGCAAAUUGCAGACUAGCGCUAUUGGAAUCGGCGCCUCCCUACACUCAUGUAACACCACGGCGUUUUUGUUAGUGAAAGAAAAUGCAAGAAAAAUGAAGGGGGGUGGUCCCAUGUGACGUCAUAAGAAAGACGCGUAAAAAACAGGGAAUAUUAACGGCGCAUGUUCAAUGGGUCAUGAGACGAAUCCCGCCCCUUCUUCUCCGUAAAGUUUUGUGUGUCGUGUGCAUGCACUGCGCCGCCUUCGUGCAGAAAAUUGAGUUUGUGUAGUGAAAACCUAUGGCGCCUGCGCCUUUAAUAGUGUUUUUAUAAUACAUUUUUUAUUCAAAGAAGCUGUCUCCAAAAGUUUCUAUUCAUUUUCCACUCAGAAAAAAGAAAAUCUUCUAGGAAUUGCUGAAUCUACCGUGCUACCACGGAUUCCUGCCCCGGGAGGACUUGGUGACGUUGUUGCGACAGCCGGGCGAUUAUAUUUUGCGCUCAACUUUGGGCAACCUGAGGCCGUCGCGGCAAGCCAAAAAUUCGAGGACAACAACGGCUGGUUUUUCUUUUUGAAAAUGUGUAAGCAAUCAUCAAAAAUUUCUUGGAAAAUUUCCAAGGAAUCAUCUUUUCUUUCCUUCAAUCCGUCAACCGUGACUUAAAAAUUAUCGCGUGUCUGCGUCUCUCCGUUCCCUCACCGGCGAGGUCAGAGAAACAUGAAAACAGCAUGUCAACAUGAGAGGGUCGCCGAGAGACGAGGAGGGUGCAGAGAAACAAAGACUUGGCAAAAUUGGAGUUUUCUCUGCGCCCUCUUUUCCGUGUACACUCUCUCUUUCUAGACCUCUCCGGUUGGGAAAAAGAGAGCGCAGACAGGUCAGACUGUUCCAAGCUGCGCUGGAUGGAGUAUAACCGCUAAAAUUUCUAGCAAAAUUGAAUUUUUGAGUUUUUUUUUUUCUUGAAUCUUCCAAAAUGACGUGAAAACGUUCCUCUUCUCUCAUAUGAAUAGGGACCGCAAAGCCACGCCCCUUUUCGCGAUAGAAAAAGUGGCUCUUUUUUUGGUUUUUCAACUUUAAUUUUGCUGUAGUUGCAAAAAUAUGUGGAACUGGAUAAUAAAUUUUGACACCCAUGUACAGAAAAAGCUUCCUCUUUCGUUUUAAAAAAAUAUUUCACGCUUUUUUUGAUGCGUUCGCGCGGAAUGUCGUACAAAAAAACGUGAAUGGAACUAAAAAAAUUUUGUCAAUUUUUUUGCUUUUUUUCAUGUGUUUUUCAGGUCGAACGCACUCUUUCUUUUUUUAAAUAAUGAUUUUGAUUCAAGUAACGGUAAUUUUAAAACAAUAAAAUAAAAAAUUCGUCUUUGCCAAAAAUUUUAGGGAGUGCCGAAAGUCAUAAUUCAAAAUAUCGUUAAUAAGCGAAUAUAAUCGAGUUUUUGUUUUUUCAAAAUUUAGACCAUGGGCUUACUUAAAUUUUUCUCCACAGCAUAUGUGCUUGAAAAAGUUGUUUAAUACGCAAAAAUGUUCUUGAAACUAGAGGAUAAAAUUAGCGGCGUUUAUCACACCGAAAGCGGUCGAACGCAGGUUUUUUAAACGAUUAUAUAAAUUUAUUAGUAAGAAAUCUUUCAAUUAAAAUAAUAAAAUAAAAAAAUUCGUCUUUGCCAAAAAAAUUUACGGGGCCGUUUUUAAUGCAGCGAUCGUUAAACGAGGCAAAAAAAGCACUAAAAAAACAGUUUUUUUCAAAGUGAAUUUCUACGGAAAGUUUGAGUAAAGAUUUGCGAUCAUAUUCUGAUAAAAAAACAGCUUAAUUACUUCAAGUUUUUUUCUUUUUGAAAUGGCAAUCUGUGCAAUUCAAACGGCUCAAGGAUAUGGCGGAUGGAAGCUCCCCUCACUAGACCUAACAGCUUGGCGCAGCGCGUGCGCUGCGAAUUUUCUUUUUGAGGUCGCGAGUUCGAUGCCCGCAAGCGCCAGUUUUUUGUUUUCUGGAAAAUACCGACUUUUUCGGCAAACUAGCAAAUUUGCAUUAUUUUAGCACUCUAUUAUGAUUUGUCACAUCAUAAUAGACCAGUAUCAAAACUUGUUCUGGAAGAAAAAUCGAGAAAAAUGUCAAAAAUGGAUAAUACCAAAAUUUCAGUACUAAAAAAAUCGUGCGCGGCGCGCCACAUUUUUCGUCAUAACUUUUUUCAUCCUUAAUCUUUUUCGAAAAACUAAACGGUUCUGAGUUUUGAAUCGAAACAGCUAUCAAACCAUACAAAGCUCAAUGCUGAAAAAAAUUUUUUGAAAAUUCGUCUGCGGUCCCUACAUAUGAAUAUUCAAAAAACUGGCAAAACUAUCCAUUGUUUAUCUAUUAAAAAUAAAUAACAUUUCUUAAUUUUCAGCAAACAACGGUGGACGCAAGUGUGGAGCUUCCAGCAGUAUUAACUACGCAUUCGGAUGUUUUUUUUUCCUUUUUGAAAAUUUUACUAUUUUGCUUAUUUCAGAAAGCUACAAAGCAAAAAGAAAACUAA